AUGCAGUCUGUCGCCACUCGGCUUGCCAUAGAGUCCGUGGACCUUCACUUGCAAGCCCGGCUCUCGGGAAGCCAACAGGAGCAGAUCUGGUCCAAUGCAGCAGACACGGUCAAGGGAAUUGGCGGGGUGGCCGAGAGUAGUUUCGCUUUGUUGUCCCAGCUGGUGGAGGAUGCUAUGGUGGAGCCCACUCCGCCGAGAGACACGCUGCCCAGGGAGAAGCCCCUGGAGCAUGCGGGCUACCAGCAAGCGCCAGACUUCAACAGUCUGAUCCUACCCGCGGCAAAGCUCCCCAACACCCUCUCCGAAGGAGACAAGGUGCACGUCUGGAGCAAGUCGAAGGGAACUUGGAUAGAGGAUGGGUUUGUACAGGAGGUGUCGAAGUAUGAUGUGCAAAUUCUUGGUGACGUUGUCAUGAAGGGCUCCGUUUAUGUUGUGUUCGACGCUGGCAGCAAGUCCAAAUGGGUGCGACCUAGGGACAUUGGCCAUCUUCUUCGAACACCUGGUGCAGUCGUGCAGGCAGACUGUGCUAGCCCUUCGAAAUCCGCGCCCGAGGAAGGCUCUCCAAGCGCUGGCGCACAUGCCGCGACUCCGGACAGCAGGAUGGCUGAGUUGCACGCCUUGCGUGCCCAGCGUGGGCAAUUCAAGGAUGAGCAAUUCCCCCCAACACCUUCGGGCCGGAUUCAGAAGUGGUGCAGGCCGCACGAAAUCGGCGUUCACGACGGAAGGGUUCUUUGGCGCCGGGAGGAUUGGCAGCUUUUCCGCGGCGAGCCGCGUGCAGACGAUGUGCAGCAGGGCGAGCUUGGCGACUGCUGGUUCUUGUCCUCGCUGGCAGCCAUGGCCGAGUUUCAGAAUGGAAAGCUCGUCCAAAGGCUGCUGCCUGACCAGCAGAACUUCAGCCCGGCCGGAGUGUACUUGGUGCGCCUGUGGCUUUCCGGCCGCUGGCGUGACAUCAUUGUCGAUGACCAACUUCCCUGCGUCGGAAACGGGGUUGGGACGUACAGGCAAUUAGCAUACUGCUCUACUCGGCGUUGCCAGCUUUGGGCCAGCAUUAUCGAAAAGGCAUUUGCCAAAGCCUGCGGCUCGUACGAGGCCUUGGUGGGUGGCGAGGCGGAAGAGGCAUUAUCGGUUCUCACAGGCUGGCCCUGUGAGACGAUCCAGUUCGACCGCGAGGAUUUCGACUCCAGCAUCCUUUGGGCAACCAUGUGCACAUCAAGAGAUGCGCGCUUUCUGAUGACGGUGUCGACCAGUUCUGGCAAGUCGCGCAGUGAUGAGGAUAUCCGAGCUGUGGGCCUUGUGCCAAAUCAUGCCUACUCUCUGAUUGACGUUCUUGAUGUUCUGGACGCCGGCGGCGACCGGGUGCGCUUGUUGAAGAUCAGGAACCCGCAUGCACAGGACAAGUGGCGUGGAAAUUGGUCCGAGUCCAGUCGCUUGUGGACACCAGAGCUUCGUCAGCGUGUGGGCGCUGCAAAGGCCAUGGAGGCAGGCAUGUUCUUCAUGGGCUACGGAGACUUCUUGAAAUGGUUUGAGCGGUGCACUAUCUGCAAGGUUCAGGGCGAUGGCUGGCACAAGGUUCGUAUGCCCACGCCGUUGCCUGGAAAUUCAGCAGCCCCAAACCAGGGAUGGAUGCUGAGUGUCUCAGAGAUGACGGAGUGUUGCCUGGCCAUCGCGCAGCCUCAGGAUCGGGCUCGCUCUGGUCCAUUGUUUCAGGACCUGAAGCUAGGCCCAAUCCAGCAUGCGGGCUUUGUUUUGGUCUCUGUGGAAGAGGGCGCGCAACAACAGAAGCCACUGUCGGUUGCAGUGGGGCAUCCACGUUCCCGACCUGUGGUCUCUGCUGAUUGCUGGCUGAAGCCAGGCUUCCUGUACUACUUGCUUCCCCUCAGCUUGAUGGAAGGGCCAGAGGUUCCAGCUGUGCUUUCAUGUUUCAGCAGGAAAGCUGUGCAAAUCCGAGAGCACUCAUUCUCCAACAUGGGUGUCGUGACAUCAUGGGCAACAUUUGUGAGGUUCAGCGCCCACAGACCUGACAACUUCCAUGGCGCCAUGCACCUGCCCCAAAUCCCCAGCUGGUUUACACCACCAAAAGCAACGGCGGCAUGGUGGUUAGCAUGGCGGAGAACCACGGCAAGGGCCACUUCCAGGUGGAUCUGGACUUCCAGCAGCAGGGCUGUGAGCUUGCGUUCUCCAGGGGCAGUAGCUGCACAAAAGAUUGGAUUGGUCCAGGGCAAGCUCAGAUCCUACAGGUAG